AUGGGGAGGGUAUCGGUGCUGGUGUGUAUGGUGACGGUAGGGGGCUGGAUGGUAUCAGGGGAGGGAAGAGAAGCGAAGGUGGAUGUGACUAAGCAGAUCAAGAACGCUAAGCUCGGUAAAGAAGAAGUACAGUGGCAGUGCGGGAGAGGAAUGUGCGGAAGGUGGGACGGCAUGGCGACCAGGGAAGGGAUCGAGAACGAAGAAAUGUCAGUCAUCAAGAACUACCUCAAAGAUGAAGAAGCAAGACUGAUUGUGUCCACGAUUCGUAAGAUCCCAGAUAAUCAAUGGGUACAGAUAGACAACAAGAGAGCCAGGGUGUUCGGCAAACACAACGUCACGAAGAGGGCUACAGUUGAGAUGGAUUACAAGAUGCUUGACCUGCAAGGCAAAGAGUUGGUGUGGCUGAGGCAACAGUUGGAGCCUUAUUUCACUGAUCUCUUUCAAGGAGAAGGCCAGAAGCUGUCUCUCUUCGUGGGGAAGUACUCCCAGGGCUCCUUCGUAACUUCCCAUACCGAUGGAGGCGUGGUGACCCUGGAUGGGAACGACAGGUACGACAGGAAGAGAGCUUUCAUCCUCUACCUGAACGAGGAGUGGUCUGCUGAGGACGGGGGUCUCUUCAUGGAUGAGGAGGACAAGAAUCACCCUACGUACUCCCCAUCCUGGAACUCGCUGGUGACGUUCAAAGUUCCGAGAUGGCACCUUGUUACUCCAGUCACAGCCAACAAGAUCCGAUGGAGCGUGUACGGCUGGUCCCUUGAAGAGAGAGUAGAUAUUGGAACGCGCUUCUUUCGAUUCUUGCUCGCCAACCCGCUGGUAGCGCUGGUUUGUUGUUCCUGA